GAAGAGCGAUGACAUGUUUGUUCUCUUUACUUGCACUUUUUGCACUCAGUAUAUUCGUUGUCUCUUUCCUACGGUAUGAAUUUUGUAAUCGAAAGUGCAUCUCUUUCUAGUUAUAGUUCACUGAUCGGAGCACAACACUAUAGUAUGUGUCGUCUAAAAAGCCUUGAUAAAAAGCUCCCUAUCAUUUCAUAAACGAUCGCGCGUCCGUUUCCAAAAUUUGAUCUCUCAACUGUUGAUCAACUAUUAAUUUUUCCACGAUGUUAGAAGGAGUAAAGCACGUGCUAUUAAUACUUUCUGGAAAAGGCGGCGUCGGCAAAUCGACAAUCAGCACUCAACUGGCACUUGCUUUAAAGGAAACAGGUUUUCGAGUUGGAAUCUUGGAUGUUGAUCUCUGUGGUCCUAGUGUACCCUACUUACUGAACUUGGAAGGGAAAGAUGUUCAUCAGUCCUCGGAGGGAUGGAUACCUGUGUUUGCUGAUUCAGAGAAAAAACUAUCUGUAAUGUCAAUUGGUUUCCUCCUGAAAAGUCAGAACGACAGUGUAGUCUGGCGUGGACCUAAGAAGAAUAAUAUGAUUAAACAGUUUCUGACAGAUGUAGUCUGGCGAGAUAUUGAUUAUUUAAUCAUUGACACACCACCUGGCACCUCUGAUGAGCAUAUUACAGUCAUGGAGAACUUAAGAAAUGUAAAAUGUGAUGGUGCGAUUAUAGUGACCACUCCACAAGCUGUUGCAGUGGAUGAUGUUUUGCGAGAGGUAACAUUUUGUAGAAAAACUGGUAUUCAUAUAAUUGGUAUCAUUGAAAAUAUGAGUGGUUUUGUAUGUCCUUCAUGUGAAGAAUGUACCAAUAUAUUCUCCUCAGGCGGUGGGAUAGCUCUUUCAGAAAUGGUAAAGAUUCCAUUUUUAGCUCAGGUACCCAUAGAUCCACAAAUUGGCCGAUUAUCGGAUAAAGGACAAAGUGUUCUGGUAACAUUACCUGACAGUCAAGUCGUACAGGUGUUUAAAAAAUUAGUCGAAAAACUGAUCAAGAGCAAAGAAGCUUGAGGAUAAUAUUUGCACUGUGUGAUUUCCAGCGUUGGUACUUGCUGGACUCUAUUGUCAUCUUUAUCCUAAAUAAACUUAUUUAUAGAAAAUGAUAUAUACAACAAGUAUCUCUAUGAAAUAAUUAGUUUUAUUAUACAAUAUAUGAAGUUACAAAAAGAAAA